AUGCAAACUCCAAAUAACCUAUUAAUAUUAGCUAAAAUGAAGAAAUGUCGUAAAAAUAUGUCUAAAUUAUAAGAGAAAAUUGAUUUACUAACAUCAAUUAUAGAUUAAUAAUCUCUUCAUAUGUAAAAAGAUUUUUAAUGUCAUCUCCCUCCUUCAGAAUAAAAACCAGAAAUAAUUAUUAGUGAUGAAGCUAGUGUUGAAAUAGUUCUAACUUCAAAUGAACCUGAACCUGCUACAACUCCUUAAGAUUUAAAAUCAAUAGCAAAGAAAUUAAUUUCUAGAUUUUAUUAUCAUAUCAGUGAAAAAAUGAAAGAAGGCUCUCUCAAUCAAUUGCAAGCUUUAAAAUUAAUGUGUAAAAAAUAAUUCAAAGAUAAUCCAUAUAAAUAACUCUUUCAAGGAUUCUAAAAAUUAUAUAUAAAUUCUGAAUUAAAGUGCAAACAAUGUAAUAAUUCAUUCUCAAAUAUUAUGUAAAGUACAACACAUGUACUUUAAGAUCAUUUAAAUGAUUUAUCCAUAUUUAUAUGUAUCUAAUGUAAAUUGACAUUUUAAAAUAAAGAAAAAUUAGAUGAUCAUAUACUCUAAUAACACAAUUCAAUAUUAAAUAAUAAUAUAGUUCAUGAAAAAUAAGUAUAAAAAUAACCUACUUAUUAAUAAAAUAGGGUAAUAUAGAAUGUUGAAAUAUAUUCAAUUCCUCCUAUUACUUAACCUUAACCAAUAAAGUAAUAGAUUCUUUUUCCAUUUUUUAAUAAUUAAUAAAACAAUCAUAUUAGAUACUAAGAUGAAUCACGUAUUUAAGAAGAAUUAUCAGAUAUUAAAAAUAGUUAAGAAUAAUUAUCAAUAAUUUCAGAAAAUAUGAAAUAAGAAUAAUAAUAACAACAUUCUAAUGAUAUGCAAUUACUUCAUAAUCUAAAAAAAACAUAAAAUAUUAAAAUUAAAUUCAUUACUAAAAAAAAUCAAUCACACAAUAAUUGA